AAGCGUCUGUGCACUCGAUUAAAGAGGAGUCGACACACUGGGAGUGAAGAUGGCGAUGAGGGCAGCGCUGCGGUGCCUCUCUGCAAACUUUCCCCGCACACUGCCUCAGCUCUCGACAGCAGCGCAGGUUUCAGCGACUCGGCUGCUGUGGAGGAGCGACUCUCCGCGGACACUGAGCACGACCUCGGCCCUGUCCACAGUAGAUCAACCAGAUCGAGCCCUAAAGCUCACAGAUAAGCAUGAGUGGGUGAAGGUGGAGGGGGGAAUUGGCACCGUUGGCAUCAGCAAUUAUGCUCAGGAAGCAUUAGGUGACGUGGUAUACUGUGGACUCCCUGAAGUUGGCCAGAGACUUGAACAAAUGGAGGAGUUUGGUGCCUUGGAAAGCGUAAAGGCUGCCAGUGAGCUAUACUCACCGCUGACGGGAGAAGUGACUGAAAUCAACACGGAACUGGCAGAGAAUCCUGGACUUGUGAAUAAAGCCUGCUAUGCAGAGGGGUGGCUAAUCAAGAUGACGAUUGAAAAGCCUGAAGAACUCGAUAGCCUCAUGGAUCAAGCUGCGUAUGAUAAAUUUAUUAAGUCACUUGAAGAGUAAACUUGUAAACUUGCUGUGCUGUUUUAUAAUGUAACUGCAAUCAAAGAUUAGUGGGAAGGAUUACUAACAUUUUGUGUCACUUACAAGGUUAGGAUUUUUUAGCUACUAGCCAACCUAAAGGGCUCUUCAUCACAAGAUCUGUCAGUAUUAUUAUCCAGUGUCAAAUGUGCACAGAUGUGCGAAGAGACUGCAAAGUGAUUGUUGUAAGUGCCAUGUCAAAAAUAAAAUGUGGUCAUUAUGUUUGAAUAAAAUCA